UUCUUGAAGACAAAGUAAUGGUGGAAUUGCAAUUUCCUGCUGGAUUUCGAUUCCAUCCAACUGAUGAAGAGCUUGUGAUGCAUUAUUUAUGUCGAAAAUGCGACGCACAGCCAAUUGCUGUUCCGAUUAUAGCUGAAAUUGAUCUCUACAAGUACAAUCCAUGGGAUCUACCUGAUUUGGCUUUGUAUGGUGAGAAAGAGUGGUAUUUCUUUUCGCCGAGAGAUCGGAAGUAUCCGAACGGUUCACGGCCGAACCGAGCUGCGGGGAGUGGAUACUGGAAGGCGACGGGUGCGGAUAAGCCGAUUGGUCGUCCAAAGUCGAUGGGAAUUAAGAAAGCUUUGGUGUUUUACGCAGGAAAAGCUCCGAAGGGAGAAAAAACAAAUUGGAUUAUGCACGAAUAUCGACUUGCUCAUGUUGAUCGAUCUGCUCGUAACAAAAACAACAGCCUAAGACUCGAUGAUUGGGUUUUAUGUCGAAUCUACAAUAAGAAAGGUACAAUUGAGAAGAAUCAACUGAAUAUCCGAAAAAUGAACGGUGAAAUGUCGCCGGCGGUGAGUGAAGGUGAUGUAAAGCCUGAGAUCGUGCCGAUUUCAGUUUCAACAAACCCAUCUUCGACGUCUUAUCACGUUUACAAUGACUUCACGUACUUUAAUUCACCAGAUUCUCUUACGAAACUUCACGCCGAUUCCAGCUGCUCGGAGCACGUACCUUCGCCGGAGUUCACAUAUGAGAAGGAAGUUCAGAGUGAGCCGAAGCCGAAACCGAGUGAGUGGGAAAAAACUGCCCUUGAUUUUCCAUUUAAUUACACAGAUGCCACUGCUUCUGAGUUGCAGAGUUGUUAUGAGAUGUCACCGCUACAAGAUAUAUUCAUGUAUCUGCAAAAGCCGUUUUGAGUGGGCCUCGCAUUGUUGUUCGCACGUGCGAAUGAGACUGAAGUCGAUGACUUGGCACGUGCCGAUGAUUUGUAGGAAUUGAAAUAUUAGUAUUUUUGGGUUUUUUCAUUUGCUUUCACAUUAGCUAUUUUUUUUUGUUUUGGAGAAAAAAAAGCAUAUUUGGUCGUAUAUAGUUUUAUUUUUUCGAAGAAGGAAGAAAAAUUAGUAGAAAACAAAGUUGUGAAAUGAUAUAUUUAUUGGAUUUAUUAGAAUA